UGUGAGCCCCAUCACCAGAGCCCCACUUCACGAGCUGUCUCUUCCUCCAGAUCGAAGAUGGCGGUGUCGGUGUUCCCCGGCGUGCGACUCCUAUCCAUCGGAGACGCCAAUGGAGAAAUACAGCGUCACUCUGAGCAGCAGCCUCUACGACUGGAGGUGAAAGCCACCCAGGACGCGGCCCUGAUUAACCUAUCCAACGCAGAGGAGACAUGUGUGUUUAAGUGCUCAGUCUCCCGGGAGACGGAGUGCAGUCGCGUGGGGAAACAGUCGUUCAUCAUCACGCUGGGCUGCAACAGCGUCCUGCUGCAGUUCUCCUCACCUGCAGACUUCUCAUCGUUCCAUAACCUCCUGAAGAACUGCCGCGGACACAGUGGGGAGCGUUCGGUCUUCAGUGACAGGACCGAGGAGUCCUCUGCCGUACAGUACUUCCAGUUCUAUGGCUACCUCUCUCAGCAGCAGAACAUGAUGCAGGACUAUGUUAGGACAGGAACCUACCAGAGAGCCAUACUGCAGAACCACACUGACUUCAAAGACAAGGUGGUGUUGGAUGUUGGCUGUGGUUCUGGGAUUCUGUCCUUCUUUGCUGCUCAGGCUGGGGCCAGGAAGGUCUAUGCUGUGGAGGCCAGCACCAUGGCCCAGCACGCAGAGGUCCUGGUGAACUCUAACCGCUUGGGAGAUCGGGUGGUGGUGAUCCCUGGGAAAGUAGAGGAGGUGACGCUACCAGAGCAAGUGGACAUCAUCAUCUCAGAGCCCAUGGGCUACAUGCUCUUCAACGAGAGAAUGCUGGAGAGCUACCUCCAUGCCAAGAAGUUCCUCAAACCAACCGGUAAAAUGUUUCCUACCAUCGGUGACGUGCACCUGGCCCCCUUCACAGACGAACAGCUCUACAUGGAGCAGUUCACCAAGGCCAACUUCUGGUAUCAGCCGUCUUUCCACGGUGUGGACCUCUCGGCCCUGCGGGGGGCAGCGGUGGAUGAGUAUUUCCGCCAGCCCAUUGUGGACACGUUUGAUAUCCGUAUCCUAAUGGCCAAGUCCGUCAAAUACACAGUCAACUUUCUGGAGGCCAAAGAAGAGGAUCUUUACAGGAUAGAGAUUCCCUUUAAGUUCCAUAUGAUGCACUCAGGGCUUGUACACGGUCUGGCCUUCUGGUUCGACGUCGCAUUCAUGGGAUCCAUGGUGACGGUGUGGCUCUCCACGGCCCCCACAGAGCCGCUCACUCAUUGGUACCAGGUACGCUGUCUGCUCCAGUCACCGCUCUUCACCAAGGCCGGAGACACACUGUCCGGCACCGCACUGCUCAUCGCCAACAAGAGACAAAGCUACGACAUCAGCAUCGUGGCCCAAGUGGACCAGACCGGCUCCAAGUCCAGCAACCUCCUGGACUUGAAGAACCCCUUUUUCAGGUACACAGGCAGCACCCCCACCCCCCCUCCGGGGUCGCACUACACCUCCCCCUCUGAGACCAUGUGGAACACUGGGGGGGCCUACAGCAUGAGCCAGGGCAUGGCUGUGUCAGGGAUGCCUACAGCCUAUGACCUGAGUACGGUGAUGGGCAGCGGGUCAACGGUGUCCCACAACAACCUCAUCCCCCUCGUAAACACAGGGAUAGUGAAUCACACUCACUCCAGGAUGGGCUCCAUCAUGAGCACAGGAAUCGUCCAGGGAGCGUCCACAGGUCAGUCUGGUCCCAGCGGAAGCGGUGGCUCUCUCCAGCAGCAGCAGCAGCACUAUCCCGUCACCAACCAGUUCACCAUGGGCGGGCCCGCCAUUUCCAUGGCCUCUCCCAUGGCCAUCCCCAGCAACACCAUGCAUUAUGGGAGUUAAGACCCUGUAAACCCCCCCCCCCUACACACACACACACACACACACACAACGCCCUGCAUGACCUCUACUAGUCCCUCCCCUACCGACCACAGCCAAAACCUGAAUACCAAAACCAGAGGUGUCGUGUCGUACCUUCAGCACAUCUUUCUUCUCUCUUCUACUGUCAGUCUCUCUCACUGGUGUUAUUCUGUCGUAUCCGUCCCUCCCAGCCACCACAGACACUUCCCUCCGUCUUCAUCGCUGUGCAGCAGCUGCUACGCUAUCCCCAGUCCAGCCAGAGGGUGGCAGCGUCGCCACGUUUUAACCACAUUGAUGGGCCGAUGAGCACAAAAAAAUGGACUUUUUUUUCUUCAUGAACGGAGUAUAGAACUGACUUGAACUUUGUUUGACUGGACCUUUUAAUGCUUUGCAUAUGCAUACAUGUACACCUACACACACACACACACACACA